AUAAAAGUUGAUUUUAACUCGUAACAUUUCGUUGUACAAUCACAAUGGCCAACAGCGACUGGAUGCCAUUGCUAUUCUGUGGCCUCUCCAUACCCAUCUCACUGUUCAUGUGGCUGGGCAACGUGGCAUUCUCGAAGUUCUGGCGCUACGACUACGAAGAACCGUUGGUAAUUCCACUCACUCGAUGGUUGUUCUCCACGCUGGCGCCGUUGGCUCUGAUGACGGUGGCACUGCGUCGCCACUCUGUGAGCAAAUCUGGAGCGGCUCUUGGUGUGAUUGUUGCCUUCACGCUCUCAAUUGCGAGUCAUCCGUUCUUCGGCAGUUUGGUCGUUUUCUUCUUCAGCUCAUCGCGUGCGACCAAAUUUCAGGCGCAAUCGAAACGUAAAUUCGAGUGCGAUUUCAAGGAGGGCGAAGGCCAACGCAAUUGGGUGCAGGUGCUCUGCAAUGGCGGCAUGGCCAUGCAGCUGGCGUUGCUCUAUCUUCUGGACUGUGGGAGUGGAGAGCGGGCCAUUGAUUUUGGCAAGGAGUAUCGCUCCAGCUGGCUUGGCAUUGCUGUGAUGAGCUCGUUUGCCUGCUGCAACGGCGACACCUGGAGCAGUGAGCUGGGCAGUGUGCUCUCCACACGCGAUCCCAUCUCCAUCAUCAGUUGGCGCCGUGUGCCACGUGGCACAAAUGGCGGCGUUUCGUUCAUUGGCGUUGUGGUCAGCCUGCUGGGCGGCCUGCUCGUUGGCUUUGGCUAUUUUGUGACCGUUCGCUAUACGGUGGAUGCCAAAAUGAUGCUUGUCAGUCCGCCUCAGUGGCCCAUCAUAUUGUUUGGUGGCUUGUCGGGACUCUUUGGCUCGCUGUUGGACUCCGUACUGGGCGGCAUGCUCCAGUUCUCCGGCAUCAAUGCGCAGGGCAAAAUUGUGGAUGCGCCCGGCAAAGGGGUUCGACAUGUGAGCGGACUGCGCAUUCUGGACAAUCACAGCGUUAAUCUCAUUUCCAGCAUUACCAUCGGGGUGACAAUGCCACUGCUGGCCCUCAAGUUUUGGCCAGGGCGCUAGCAGCGUCUCUGGCUGAGCGUGCGGCUUCCUUAACUCAUUUCUAUUAUACAUGAGAGCCACGACUAUUUUUGUAAUGCUUUCAAGCGCAAAGCGAACAAAUUGACAUUUAUGUAUGUAAUGCAAUCGAUAGACUCGAACACAACGAUUUGCCCAAUAACACAUUUCUACUAAUAGCUUAAGUAAUCUCGUUAAACAAAUGUUUAACAAACGUGCUUUUUUAAUGUUAUGGCUAAGGCCAAGGGAACAAGUUAACAUAAUAUUUGAGUCAUUUAUGUGUGUAAAGAAUUUUUGUAAAGUGUGUUAAUCGAAAUCCUAGUUGCAAGAUUACUCAGUUUAAGAUUCAUUCUUUAUUAUUAUUAUUUUCUUUAUAUUUGUUCCAGACUGCUAGCAAAUAAUACAUAUCAAUUUCAUAUUUCAUGGCCUACUUUAAGUACAGAAAUGUGGAGAAUCGAGAUUCCUAUAUACUUAAUUUGUCUGAAGUUGUCUGUUGCGAAUGCUUUCUAAUCCUUGGGUCCACUUAUACACUUAGUUAAUGUCAUAAGCUGCGACAGAAUUUUUAUUAUUGCUAAGAAUUAAAAAUGC